AAAAUCAUUAUCUUCCCAGGUUGUCUUCCAUUUAUGCUGUCAUCUUAAAAUGGAAACUUUAGCUGUACAAGAACAUGAACCUUAUAUAUCAAGGACAUCGCAAGAUAUGCAAGUGAACCUGGAACCAGAAACAGAAGCCUGGAACAUGAAGAACAAGCAUGUCGGGAAGAGAAAAGGUCAUUUGUUGCUUGUCCCUUGCCCCUUGCAAGGUCACAUGAUCCCAAUGCUUCACUUGGCCAAGAUUCUUCAUUCUCAUGGUUUCCUAAUCACCAUUACUGAAACAGAACCCAGCUCGCCAGCAGUAUUCCCUCCUCACCACCCUGAUUUCUUGUUUGAAUCCAUUGAUGGAUUAGAUAACAGCCCUAGUGAAUUCAAAGGGGAUGUUGUCUCCUUCUUAUACACGCUUAACACAAAGUGUAAAGCACCAUUCCAUGAUUGCUUGUCGAGGAUUCAAACGAACAGCACACAGGGUCCUGUAACAUGCAUCAUCCAUGACGCAGUCAUGUUCUUUUCCGUAGAUGUUGCUGAUUAUAUGAAGAUUCCAAGGAUUGUCUUGAGGACAAGCAGUGCCACCAAUUUCUAUGGGCUUUCACUUCUCAAGCAAAAGGGUGAUCUACUUGCAAUCCAAGCAGAACAACAAUUGGAGGAACCACUUGAUGAUAUCCCUUUUUUAAGAGUCGAGGACAUGCCAUUGUUCAACAAAUCCAACAAAGAAGUUGUCGACAGUGUUUUUGAUCCCAUUGAUGAUGGAACCAGGACUGCUUCAGCUAUAAUUUGGAACUCUCUUAGCUGCCUAGAACAAGCAAUCUGUGACAAAUUCAAAUCAAAUAUUGUAGCCCCAAUGUUCUCUAUUGGACCUCUUCAUAAGCACUCAAACGCUGCUCUAAGCAGUUUUUUGAUCGAAGAGCAAAGCUGCAUCUCUUGGCUUGACACACAAAGGUCAAAUUCUGUCAUUUAUGUAAGCAUUGGUAGCUUAGUUAUGAUAACGGAAACUGAACUGGCUGAGAUGGCCUGGGGGCUUGCCAAUAGUGGUCAGCCAUUUUUGUGGGUGAUUCGACCUGGUUUGGUCCACGGCUCAAAUGGGUUCGAUCUCUUGCCUACAGAAUUUGAAAAUAUUACGAAGAAAAGAGGUCGAAUAGUUAGCUGGGCACCACAAAAGGAGGUGCUGGCGCAUCAAACUAUAGGAGCAUUUUGGACUCAUAAUGGCUGGAACUCAACCAUCGAGAGUAUUUGCGAAGGGGUCCCUAUGCUUUGCUGGCCCCAGGUGGGAGACCAGAAGGUGAAUGCAAGGCUGGUUACUCAUUUCUGGAGAGUUGGGAUCCAGUUGGAGAGAUUGGAGAGAGGAAAUAUAGCGGACUAUAUCAGAAGGUUAAUGGCGGGUGAGGAAGGAAAGCAAACCAAAAUGAGGGCUAUGCAGCUGAAGGAGAAGAUCGACGUUUCAAUAAGAGAAGGAGGUUCCUCUCAUGAAUCUAUUGGCAACAUGAUCGCUUUCAUCAACUUGUUACUGAGCUGUUAAGGGGCCUCGAGAGGUUCGAUGCAUGCAUCACAAGUGGCUUCGAAGGUUGCCUCCUUCACCCUCCAUGUAUAAAUAUUUUUUUUUUACGUGUGUUACCGCGGUGCAUUACAUUGUAAAAUUUAUUUAUUCAUGUUAUUUUUUUAUUU